CGGCGUUGGAAUUGUAAUCUCUGCGGCACUGUCAAAAUUUCCAACAUCUAAACCGGUCAACUGCUCAAAACCCAAAAUGCCACCCACACCCAAGCAUCGCGACGUAGCCCCGUUCCUAAGCCGGGUGCGGGACUUCUUUCUGGGCCGCUCUCACAAGACGGCCCACCGGUUUGCCGACACCGUUUCCCGUCGGACCCAGCCGCACCCCGACAUUCCUCGAGGGCAACUAGACUCUUUUUCCCAGAGCUACUUCGCUAGGGAUCCCCGCCGCGCCGUCCGGCAGCCCAUCGACUUGGUGGAGGAGCACAAACGGCUACUGGCAGCCAAGGAGGCUGCCGAGAAAAAUGCGGAGCCCAAAAAGACCUGCGAUGGAGAGGAACCCGUGAAGACUAAGGCCAGGAAGAAGCCGUUACCCACCCCCGGAAACUACCACUCCUGGGAAGGUCCUGAUUAACUCAUCAAAAUUAUUUGACCAAUUUUCUUUUUUAUUCGACUUUGCAUUACCAUUUGAUAUAUUCAUUAUCUAAGCUUGGUCAAUGGGGAGAGGCGCUGAUGCAGUGGCUCAUAAAAAUGCAAAUCUAAUUAGUCGUCAGGUCGAAAAUCUUUUAUGGCAACUGCAUGAAAAUUUAAUUAAGCUCCCGCAAUUAUCAAGUGGGAAGGAGAGGGCACUUCGAGGGCCGAAAGGCUCCUCCCCGGCCGCAGCAAUAAAUAUGCGGGCUUAAUAACGUUUAAUGCCAUCAAAAUUUAUAUUUACAAUUUAAAACGAGGCAAUUCGCAGGACGCUGAGUGGAUUAUGGACCAUUGUUAAUGAUGAUUGCAGGUCGAUUGUUAAUUGUCUGGGGCUGUCGAUUUAUGCUGAUGACUUUCGCCCAUCGAUUUAUUGAUUGGAGUUUGAAUUUGCCGCAUAUUACCUACCCUCUACCACUACGACAGCCGUCUUCCAAACAGAUGAAAAAAUGUAAUCUAGUUCCGUGUGUUACGCAAAAAGAAAUAUAGUGUGUUUCCCGAAGGUUGGGGACCCCCGGA